UGACCUUGCGAGGGGAGGUGGGGUGUCCCUGCGUUUCCGUGCGUGUGUGUCCCCCCACGAUGCGAAGGUGUCCCCCCCAUGCCCCCCGUGGCGGGGAGGGGCCGGCCCCGGCCCCCGCCCAACUCCCGCCCGCAGCCGGGGCCGGGCCGGUCGGUGCGGGGCGGCCAUAAAUCACGGCGGGCAGAGCCCCCGCCCCGCCGCCGCCCUCCGCCGCCGCCGCCCGGGGGAGCGGGGAGGGGGGGGGCGAGUCCCGCCGCUGCCGCCGCCCCCAGCCCCUGCAGAUGUGGCGGAGCGGCCCGGCGGCCCGGCAGCGGGGGGGCCCGCUCCGCCAAGCCCGGCUCCGCCAAGUCCCGCUCCCCGCCCUGCUCCCUGCCCGCCGCCGGCGCUGAGCCCCCGCCGCAGCGCCUGCCCUGGCACCAUGCAUUCACUGGAGGAGCCGCUGGACCUCAAGCUGAGCAUCUCCAAGCUGCGAGCCGCCCGGGAGAAACGGGGUCCCCCCGGCCCCCGACCCCGUGGUCCCCAGCGCCCAGACGCCCCGCCGGCCAGGGAUGGCCGAGGCGGGAGCCGGGGGGGUCGCCGGGCCAUGCCAGCCUCGCCGUCCCCCGGCCUCCUGGCACACGCCAGGCUGGUGGAGCCGCGGGACGGGCAUUUCGCUGCUGUGCCGGUGGUGGAUCUCAGCCUCUCGCCCCGCUCUGGCGCGGAGUCUCCAUCCGGCAGCGCCUCGCUCUCCCCCGAGCGCCAGGGCAGUGGGGACCUGCCCGGCCCCCUCACCCCCCACGAUUUCCAGUCCCUUCGCUACAUCGACGGCCUCCCCAGUUCCUUCCAGUUCUUCCUGCCGCUGGGGGCAGGGGGGGCCCUGCACCUGCCCCCCGCUGCCUUCCUGCCCCCCAGCAAAGAGAAGCGCCUCCCCCCCGAGCUGCCCCUGCCCAAGCAGCUCGUCUGCCGCUGGUCCAAGGUCCCCUCACCCCCAGCCUCCUGCCCACAGUGCAACCAGUUCUUUGACCUCCUGCAAGACCUGGUGGACCACGUCAAUGACUUCCACGUCAAACCUGAGAAGGAUGCGGGGUACUGCUGCCACUGGGAGGGCUGUGCCCGCCACGGCAGGGGCUUCAAUGCCAGGUACAAGAUGCUGAUCCACAUCCGGACGCACACCAACGAGAAGCCGCAUCGCUGCCCCACCUGCAACAAGAGCUUCUCCCGUCUGGAGAACCUGAAAAUCCACAACCGCUCACACACAGGCGAGAAGCCCUACAUCUGCCCCUACGAAGGCUGCAACAAGCGUUACUCCAACUCCAGCGACCGCUUCAAGCACACCCGUACCCACUACGUGGAGAAGCCCUACUCCUGCAAGAUGCCAGGCUGCCACAAGCGCUACACCGAUCCUAGCUCUCUCCGCAAGCACAUCAAAGCCCAUGGCCAUUUUGUCUCCCCCGAGCACCCAGAGAUGCUCAAGGUCCACCCACCUCCCAAAACGCCCCUGGGUUCGGCAGAGGUGCCCUAUGUUAAUGGGGCGCAGCUCGUGAUCCCCAGCCCUGCCACCCUCUUUGCUCCUCCAGGGUUGCCGGCAUUGCCAAUCCCUUUGGCGCCGGCACCGCUCGACCUCAGCGCCUUGGGCUGCGGGGCUGCUGGUGCCCUGCCUGCCCUGCCGGGCCCCAUCCUGCCCCUCAACGGUGGCCCCUUGAACUUGGCUAAGAGCCCACUGCUGCCCUCGCCCUUCACGGCAGGGCUGGGGCUGCCCGUCAUGUCGCUGCUGGCCGGCGGGGCCAAGGCUGAGGGGGAGAAGGGCAGUGGGGCUGAGGGGCGGCCACCCAAAACAGGCAAGGGGCCAGAGAGCCGGAAGGAGAGGGGCGAAAGGACGGAGCCAGGGCGGCCACGGGGGCCCCCUGAGAGCCUGGCACUGCUGCCGGGGGCUGUGCUUGAUCUCUCGGCCGGCGUCAGCUCGGGGGGCAGCCCCGAGGCGCUGCCGCCGGGGUGGGUGCUCAUCCCCCCAGGCUCCCUGCUGCUCAAACCUGCCACCGUGAAUUGAGGGGCUUGACGAUGCCCAGGGCCGGCUGCUGGCCAGGCGGGCAGAUCCCGCUCCCCGGGGGUGGGGGGGUAUUGCCCCCUUCUUUCCCCCCACCCCACCCAAACCCCCCAGCCCUGGCAGAGCCUUGCUCGUGCUUUUAACCAUCACGAAAGAAGAACGGACUCUUCUGAGAAAAGCAAUAAUCCCUCGGUGGCCAGAGCCAGCUGUGACCCCAUGCUGGGGGCAGCCCCAGGGUAGUGGGGGGGGGUGUGUCCCCUGCUUCCUCCCUCCCUGGUCUGGGCAGCUGGAGACGUCGCUAUUUAUUUCUUGACCAGCCCCCUGCUCUGACGGGGCCCUAGUUGGGCUCAUCUGCUGCCACCGACUCGGCGUCUCCCUGCCCAAGGCCUCGGCACUGCUGGUGCCAGUGUGGGGGGCCACAGCCCCUGCCAUGAGGACAGUGGGGUGACAGCUUGGGGACUGACUGCUCCUGCAGCCCUCAGCUGCACCCAGCUGCGCCCUCCAACCCCACCUGGCUGGUGUGGCUGCGGGCAGUGCCAUGGCCAUGGCACCUCGGCACGGUCCCUGCUGUGCCAGGCCCAGCUGGCUGGGCACACACUGGCCCGGUGUCCACCUGCAUCCCUCCCACUCCGUGGCUGCCCCCGUCCCCCUGCCGCCUCCCCGGCCCUCCCCGUGACAAGGCACACGGCCAUGUGUGCUGCUCUCCAUGCCGGCUCCGCGCCGGGGCAGAGCCACCCUGUUUAGCUACGUUCAUACCUAACCAUGUACCGCAAGCACAUGCAGGCAGCAGGCAGCGCGUGCAGGACUCCAGGUGCCAGUGGGGCCGCUGCCGGCAGCACGUUGGCACUGGCUGGCGGGGCACCUGCUCUUUGGGACACACUGGCCCUGCAACAAGGUUUCCCGGUGACCCAUUCCAUGCCACGGGGCAACGUUGGGGCAGGCAGGACGCUGCUGCAGUGCUGGGAGCAGGCAACGUGCCCAGCCUCUGUGCAGGCAGGACCCCCUUGCCCAUGGCUUUCCCCAAACCGGGGCAUGGGGGUAUGUCCAAUCCUGCCCCUUCCACGCUGGAAGGAGCCCCCAGCCCUGCGGGGAGCUGGUCUCCCUGCCCUUACCCUCCUGGGGCCAGGGCACAGCGGCUACUCAGCGCUGCCACUGUCCCAGCAUAGCCGCAGGCCACUGACCAGGCCACCCCGGCCAGCGUACGGUGUACAUCUCCUCGCUCCUUCGUCAGUUCGUUGUUGCACAUUCCAGGACAUCAGUAUUCUAACGGUCUCGAAGUGCCUUUCUAUUGUAGUUUCUGGGUUGUUUUUAUUUUCCUCCUGUUGGGCUCCAUCGCUGUUAGCGUAGCGUUUAAGGACUGCAGAAGUAAGAGAUAAGCUAACGACUAUAACACUAUAUUCCUCCGGGGGAGAGGAAGUUUAUUAAGAAAACAAUAAAGUGAAGUUGAAGUAA